UAUAAGUUCUGUUAUGUGCACAUGGUUUCAUGUAUCUGGUGAAUUGUCGAAUUAGUAAAAUUUGAACGUGAAAUAUAUAAUUCAUAUGUACCUUUGUAGUGAAAGAUUUUAAUAAAACGAUAGCUUAAAGGGAACACGCAAUAAUGGGUUUGUACAAUUUCAAGAAAAUCGCGGUUGUUCCCACCGCAAAGGGCUUUAUUGAUAUAAUUUUAUCAAAAACUCAACGAAAAACUCCAACUGUUGUACACAAGAAUUAUAAAAUUGCGAGAAUACGCGCAUUUUAUAUGCGUAAAGUCAAAUUCACGCAACAAAACUUUCACGAUAGGCUGUCUCAAAUUAUACAGGAUUUUCCUAAGUUGGAUGAUGUUCAUCCAUUUUAUGCAGAUUUAAUGAAUAUCCUAUACGACAAAGAUCAUUAUAAAUUAGCUCUUGGUCAAAUAAAUAUUGCAAGACAGUUAAUCGAUAACGUAGCAAAGGAUUAUGUUCGCUUAAUGAAGUAUGGAGAUUCUUUGUAUCGAUGUAAACAAUUAAAAAAGGCUGCAUUAGGCCGUAUGGCAACAAUUAUGAAGAGACAAGCAGCGAAUUUAGCAUAUUUAGAGCAAGUUCGUCAGCACUUAGCCCGUUUACCUAGCAUAGACCCUUAUACUCGUACCAUAAUAAUAUGCGGCUUUCCAAAUGUUGGUAAAAGUAGUUUCAUUAAUAAGAUAACUCGUGCCGAUGUUGAAGUUCAACCAUAUGCAUUUACAACAAAGUCACUGUACGUUGGACAUACAGAUUAUAAAUAUCUAAGAUGGCAAGUAAUCGAUACACCUGGAAUUCUAGAUCAUCCACUAGAAGAAAGAAACGUGAUAGAAAUGCAAGCAAUAACUGCGCUAGCGCAUUUACGAGCAGCAGUACUUUACUUUUGCGAUGUAUCGGAACAAUGUGGUCAUAGCUUAGAGGAACAGAUGAAACUGUUCGAAUCAAUUAAACCAUUGUUUACCAAUAAACCUUUGAUGCUUGUGGUAAACAAAGUAGACAUCUUACGUUUGGAGGAACUUCCAGUCGAAAAACGCAAAGUUUUCGAUUCAUUGGCGGAUAAAAAUAUCCCCGUGUUGGAAAUGAGUACCAUUACAGACUUUGGAGUAAUGGACGUGAAGAUACGAGCAUGUGAACUUCUGUUAGCCUUUCGUGUCGAUCAGAAGAUAAGAACAAAGAAGGUAGAAGGACUGCUUAAUCGUUUACAUGUUGCGCAACCUAUACCGAGAGAUGAAAAAGUUCGCCCUCCUUGUAUCCCCGAGAGUGUCUUGAAAAAGAAACAAAGCAUAGAGGAAGGAUCAAAAUUGAAGCGAAAAUUGGAACGAGAAAUAGAAGAGGAAAUGGGAGACGACUACGUGCUUGAUUUGAAAAAGAAUUACGAUAUUGGGGGCGAACAAAAAUACGACGUGAUUCCGGAAAUUUGGGAAGGGCAUAAUAUCGCUGAUUAUAUCGAUCCGGAAAUAUUCGAUAAAUUAAAUCAAUUGGAGAGAGAGGAACAGCUGCGUGAAGAGGCGGGGAUGUACGAUUACAAAGUAGCCGAGCUGUCCGAGACGAUGCGAGACAUUGUACAAAUGGCUAAGCAAAUUCGAGAAAAGAAAGCUAUUAUGAAGGAUGAGGCCCGUAUACAGAAAGCUUCUACGAAGCCUGUAAUGCCACGUACAGCCGCGGUUAAACUUCGUGACAGAUCGGUAUCAAAACUAAAAGAACAAAUGGAAGAUUUGGGUAUCGAUAUGGAAGAUACCGAAAACGCACAUUUCACUAAGACAAGAGGACGUGCAAGAUCGUUGUCGCAACCAGCUAGGAAACGCAUGAGAUUGCAGUCCGAGUCUCGAUCAAGAGUGCGAAGCAGUUCGAAACCCGACCGUAACGAAAUGGGUGUGAAGGAUACGAUAAUGAAGACGAAAUUAAAGAAUAUCGCGCAUAAAGCUUUAAAGAAAAAAAUCGCUAAGAAGGGAUUGAAGGGAGAAGGAGAUCGGUUCAUCGGUACGAAAAUGCCAAAACAUUUGUUCUCGGGAAAACGAGGCGUCGGGAAAACCGACAGAAGAUAAUAAUAUUUCGAAAUGGUGGUAUUUGCAAAAAAUUGUAUCGAAUUUUUAUCAAGUCGAUACGUGUU